GCGCAGCCCCAAGCCGAGUCCAGCAAGUCUGUCAAUCGGGCGUGAACGUCCCGACCAGACAACUUGGACCUCAGGGACCUCGCGCUAGCCGGACACCGCAGGUACCCCCUUUACCUGCGUCUCUGCUGGGUUUGCAUCCGACCCCCCCAACUCCUAGCCUCAUUUUCCCCCCAGCCCCAUAAUAUUCCGGACCCCUGCUCCCCGUGCAGGUGGUGCAAACGCACCUGCUCUCUGGCGCCCCCUGCUGGGAAGAGGGAAGGCGGCCGCGGCCGCGGAGGAGCAGGACACGGGGCCCGGACGGAGCUCAGCGCUAGGAAGAAGCCGGGAGCUUCCCUGAUGGUGCCGCCGCCUCUGAGCCGGGGAGGAGCCGCCAGGGGCCAGCUGGGCAGGAGCCUGGGUCCGCUGCUGCUGCUCCUGGCGCUGGGACACACGUGGACCUACAGAGAGGAGGCGGAGGACGGCGACAGAGAAAUCUGCUCAGAGAGCAGAAUCGCGACGACUAAAUACCCGUGUCUGAAGUCUUCAGGCGAGCUUACCACAUGCUACAGGAAAAAGUGCUGCAAAGGAUAUAAAUUUGUUCUUGGACAAUGCAUCCCAGAAGAUUACGACGUUUGUGCCGAGGCUCCCUGUGAACAGCAGUGCACGGACAACUUUGGCCGAGUGCUGUGUACUUGUUAUCCAGGAUACCGAUAUGACCGGGAGAGACACCGGAAGCGGGAGAAGCCAUACUGUCUGGAUAUUGAUGAGUGUGCCAGCAGCAAUGGGACGCUGUGUGCCCACAUCUGCAUCAAUACCUUGGGCAGCUACCGCUGCGAGUGUCGGGAAGGCUACAUCCGGGAAGAUGAUGGGAAGACGUGUACCAGGGGAGACAAAUAUCCCAAUGACACUGGCCAUGAGAAGUCUGAGAACGUGGUGAAAGCCGGAACUUGCUGUGCCACGUGCAAGGAGUUCUACCAGAUGAAGCAGACUGUGCUGCAGCUGAAGCAAAAGAUUGCUCUGCUUCCCAACAAUGCAGCUGACCUGGGCAAGUAUAUCACUGGUGACAAGGUGCUGGCCUCAAACGCCUACCUUCCAGGACCUCCUGGCCUGCCUGGGGGCCAGGGCCCUCCCGGCUCACCAGGACCAAAGGGAAGCCCAGGCUUCCCCGGUAUGCCAGGCCCUCCUGGGCAGCCCGGUCCACGGGGCUCAAUGGGACCCAUGGGACCAUCUCCUGAUCUGUCCCACAUUAAGCAAGGCCGGAGGGGCCCUGUGGGUCCACCAGGUGCACCAGGAAGAGAUGGUUCUAAGGGGGAGAGAGGAGCGCCUGGGCCCAGAGGGUCUCCAGGACCCCCUGGUUCUUUCGACUUCCUGCUACUUAUGCUGGCUGACAUCCGCAAUGACAUCACUGAGCUGCAGGAAAAGGUGUUCGGGCACCGGACUCACUCUUCAGCAGAGGAGUUCCCUUUACCUCAGGAAUUUCCCAGCUACCCAGAAGCCAUGGACCUGGGCUCUGGAGAUGACCAUCCAAGAAGAACUGAGACAAGAGACUUGAGAGCCCCCAGAGACUACUACCCAUAGCACAUCCCAACACCGUCAUGCCAAACGAAGAGAAAGAUCAACUCACCUGCAGUUAAACCAUCUAAAGAGAAAAAACACCACUGGAGACCUAGAAAACAUACAUUUUUCUCUUCUCUUCUCCUGACAUUCUCCACUCCUCUUCUUCCAAAUACAAUACUGUUUUCAGAGUCCCCUCUUAGGCCUGCAGACACGAGGGAGUGAAUGAUUGAUUUACCUGCUUCUCACUGAGAGUCCGUUGGGGUGGUUUGCGUUGUAACUUUUCUUUUACAUCCUAUUUUUCCAGGAACUUUGGGUUUAAGUACUCUCACAGUGUGUUAAAUCAUAAAUUCUUGAAGUUAAAUUUGGCAGAGUAUUAAAAGGGGGAAAAUGGCAAAGUGAGCUCUAGGAAAAUGUGAGGCUACUUCUGAGAUGUGUGUUCAGAAUAGAACAUAACUCCUCUAGUAUCAAAAUUAGGGCUCUUUACUUAAAAGGGGUGGGGAGGACAAACGUGUAGAUGUACUUUGGUGGAGAAUUCUUUUUCCUUGUGCUUCUAGGAGACUUUAAAUAUUGUAUCCCCUUGUCAAACCUUGUUUCCCAAAUUCAAUUAAAGAGAGGAGAGAAUUGAAUGGCAUUUAGAGAAGAUAGAAAAGAAUUACAGUCAUAUAUUUACUGUUAUAUAGAUCGCCACAUUCUAAAAUUCAAAUACCGUGCUUAAGGUUUCCUCCCAUGCUUAUCUGUAAGUAUCCUAUUUAGGGAAGAAGAUUAAACUCUUUUCAAAAAACAAAGUGAAAUGCCUGGAUUCACACUAAAACAAUGGGCUUUGGUUUGCUAGAAUAUUUUAAAGCUGUUUAAUCAAGAGUGGAGCCUGCUCUAUAAAUAGAGAUUAUUUGUUCAAUAAAGUGGCUGACCUUAGAGAGAGGUGCAGAAUUCCUGGUUCUGAGCAGGUGCCCAGAAGGUACCAUUAGGUGCCAUGAUCCAGGCUGAACCAAUAUACAGUGGGGCCGAAGUCUGCAAGGAGGUUGCUGGCUUGGGCUGACCUCACUAACGCCGUCAGCAGCGGUAGGUAAAUUUGCUCUCCUUGGGUGUUUACAAGUUUUUGUCUGGAGCCAACCACGCUUGCCACCAACAUAUUGAGAAUAAUACACUAUUGAAAGUUAUCUUGGAUGGGGACAAAAAAAAAAAUAGUGGUUUUCCUUGUUGGCAAAAACUUCCUUCCUUUUCCCAUUUUUUCUUAGUUUUCUUUAAUUCAGUCCAAGUUCCAGUUCUUUUAGGCCUUCUCUUUGAUUUCUUUUCCCCUGCAUGUGAGAAGAAGUUCAGAAAAGGGUCUGUUUCUCCACCUCCUAGUGAGCUAGAGUGUUUUCUCAAAGCACCUCUGGGUCCCAAGGGGAAGCAUGUUCCUGCCAAGGUUUGCUGUGGAUUCAGAAGCACCAGAAGCAAGAGACCAGAAGGAUGAUCUGCUCCUUUGUAACGUUGUUGAGGGCCCUCUUGGUUCCAAUGAGCAGUUUAUAGGUUACUCACAGUCCACUUUCUCAUUGGACACACAAAGUGGUUCUUUAUCUACCUUUGCGGGAGAUUUUCACUCUUAUAUUGAGCUUCACAAAUGAUCGUUCUCACACUCAUAUUCCCUCAUGUUGGAAUUUCCCAUCCUGCCAUGUCUUUUCCCAUUUCUUUUUGGCUUUUUUGCCUCCACCUUUUAGCCCACAUCAUUUAACUCCACUACUGUGAAAGCUUGCUUAAAGAAAAUCCCUCUUGGCCGGGCGUGGUAGCCCACGCCUCUAAUCCCAGCACUUUGGGAGGCUGAGGUGGGCAGAUCACAAGGUCAGGAGAUCAAGACUAGCCUGACCAACAUGGUGAAACUCUGUCUCUACUAAAAAUACAAAAAUUAGCUGGGCAUGGUGGCGCACACCUGUAAUCCCAGCUACUCAGGAGGCUGAGGCAGGAGAAUUGCUUUAACCUGGGGGGCGGAGCCCAGAUUGCGCUACUGCACUUCAGCCUAGGUAACAGAGGGAGACUGCCUCAUUAAAAAAAAAAAAAAAAAAAAAAAAAAAAGACCGGGCGCGCUGGCUCACACCUGUAAUCCCAGCACUUUGGGAGGCCGAGGCAGGCGGAUCACAAGGUCAGGGUAUCGAGACCACAGUGAAACUCCGUCUCUACUAAAAAUACAAAAAAUUAGCCAGGUGCGGUGGCGGGUGCCUGUAGUCACAGCUACUCGGGAGGCUGAGGCAGGAGAAUGGCGUGAACCCAGGAGGCGGAGCUUGCACUGAGCUGAGAUCGCGCCACUGCACUCCAGCCUGGGAGACAGAGCGAGACUCCGUCUCAAAAAUAAAAAAAAUCCCUCUUGUUGUGUUUGAAUGCCACCUUUCAGUCCUCUCCCUUACGAAUGAUAGGAAGGGGCUUUUCAGAUCUCCAGUGGCAGCAGUCUUCCUUCCCUUCUUCCUGCCAUGUUGGAAAUGCAGGACUCAUGUCAAUCAGCGGGUGGCUGAGUCUUUCAUGAACACUUUGCUCCUCUAUGUCUCAUUUAUGCAAAAUUCCUGGUGACUGUCCAGUAACAUUUUUAAAGUGAAAGCAAACACUUUCUUAGUGCUCUUUUCCUAGCAUCUUCCUCCUUCUCUCUGCAAAAUUCAACAUUCAUGACGGAGGGCCACGCCAACCACGGGUUUAUAAAGAGAGGAAAUGAACAGCUUUUGAUUCCCAUCUGGAAUAUAUUUAAUGUUUUCCUGCUUGUGGAGCAUGGUAUUUAAAGGGUGUGGAUGGAUGAAUGUUUAAAAAAACACACACAAAACUACGCACAAGCUGUAUGAGAGAUGGCUAGGUCCAUCCAUGAUUUUUUUUUUAAAUGAGAAAUUGUAAUACCUUUUCUUUGACAGUGAACUGUAUUUAGAAAUAUGAUCUUUAUUGUGAAAUGCUCAUAAAAUGCAACCAAACUGCAUGUUUGGCCAUAGGCUAGAAUUAUAUAUUAAAAGAAAUAAUGGAAAGUAGUAUUGUCUGGGUUUCAUGAAACUAUUCCAGAUAAUAUUCUCCAGGCAAAACUUACAGUAACCCAUAUUUUAUAACAUCAAUCUGCUGGACUAAGUUAAUUUAGAAAAUAAUUUUUAAUCCUCAGAUUUUCAAAACUGGGACUACUGCAAGACUGAUAUGUACUUUUUAUGCCCAAAUUAUAUUUUUCAAAGAUAGGACAUCAUAAGGCAUCAUUAUUUCUAAUGUAUCUUUUAGCUAGAUAGAAAAAGCUUUACCGUCUAAAUAGGACUUCUGCUCAAAACCUAAUGGGAAAGCCAUUUCUGGGGUAAGAUUUGCUAUAGUGCUUCUAGGUCAUUUCAUGUUUUAUAGUGAAAAAGAUCUUUGUACACCUCCUCAACCUGUUAGUAGAAAUGUUGACUUUGGCUGGGCGCGGUGGCUCACGCCUGUAAUCCCAGCACUUUGGGAGGCUGAGGCGGGUGGAUCACGAGGUCAAAAAAUCCAGACCAUCCUGGCUAACAUGGUGAAACCCCAUCUCUACUAAAAAUACAAAAAAUUAGCCGGACGUCGUGGCAGGCGCCUGUAGUCCCACCUACUCGGGAGGCUGAGGCAGGAGAAUGGCGUGAACCCUGGAGGCGGAGCUUGCAGUGAGCCGAGAUCGCGCCACUGCACUCCAGCCUGGGCGACAGAGCGAGACUCCGUCUCAAAAAAAAAAAAAAAAAGUUGAUUUCGAUUUUUGCACCCUCUUCACAGGACUUUAUAAAUUGCCUCUGAUCUUGGAAAGCAAUGGGAAUAAAAAUAUGCUGUUGAAAAUAGUGCAGCUCACGCCUGUAAUCGCAACACUUUGGGAGGCUGAGGCAGGCGGAUCAUGAGGUCAGGAGAUCAAGACCAUCCUCACCAACACAUGGUGAAACCCCAUCUCUACUAAAAUAAAAUUUCAAAAAAAUUAGCCGGACGUGGUGGCCCAUGCCUGUAGUCCCAGCUACUCGGGAGGCUGAGACAGAAGAAUUGCUUGAACCCGGGAGGUGGAGGUUGCAGUGAGCCAAGAUCGCACCACUGCACUCCAGCCUGGUGACAGAGUGAGACUACGUCUCAAAAAAAGAAAAUAGUACAUGGAGGGCAUGCAUUUUAGUUUAGGAAAACCCCUCUCCCUUCCCAGUUCCAGAGGGAGAAAUUAUAAGCUAUACUGUGCCAAAAGCGAGUGGGGCUGCAGAGAAGAUGGUGCCUUUUCUCACCUUCUUAGUUAAUGCCUGACAUCUGCCAUAGGAUUCAUUGACCAAAGGAAGUCAUUUCUACUGUAUAAACUCAGACAGGAGUAUCAUAGCCCAACAGGUAAAUAAUAAAUGUUCAUUGGUUUUGGAAGGAAGGAAAGGGGAGGAUUACCCCACCAAAUACCAGCGAAGAGCACCCUGGCUUUGGCCAUCUUUCCAAGGUUCAUAAUUGCUGUGGGCCUGGUGAGCCCUGUUCCCAGGUAUGCAAGGGAAGGCUUCUCCAGGCCAGACAUUGCUGUAGGUUUUCAGGCAGCAACUCCCCCAUCAUAUUUUCGGUGUCAUUCCCCACCAUCUCUCCCCACUUCUCAGCCUGUGCCUCAGAAACAGCCACAGCAGCCUCAUUCUGCAGACUUAACAUCUGUCAGAUUACCUUCCUGAAAAGGGAAGUUAUUGCAGGAAUCCAGGCCAAACAACAAGUAGAAUAGAGCCAUCUAAAGUUAUUAAUAAUGAGUUCAGGGAAAUAGAUCAAUUUUUUCCUGGCACAGUCAAUAUUUAUAUCUCACAAGUCAAAAAAUAAUUUCGCAUUUGGAAAACAAAACACACCAUGACUGUAAUUGUUAAGGCAUAUAAUCAUGAACUUCAUAUGCUCCCUCAACAAAUGUUACUGCUCUAGGGAAAUCAUAGAAAAGGACCCUCUUAUUCCCCAGGGGGUCAAAGCAAGUCCCCUUAGGAAUUUCAUGUGUGCCAUGGGUCUGUUUUUAUUUCACAGUGACUAGUCAUAUACUGGAGUAGCUCUGUUGUUCAUUAUUUGUAACAGAUCCAUAUAACAGUCAAGUUAGCAUUCAAACAAUUAUGGAUGUGAUACUACGGUGUACUUUUGUUAUGAUUGCAUAUGUUUAAUAACAAAGUUAUUUUUCUUA